AUGUUGUUCCAGCCACUCGUGAUGCAGCUGAGUCCAUUGCUUCGGAUUAUAAUUGGACAAUAUUUCGCUUCCUUUUCGUCCAUUCUGAUCGUUCACAACAAUACCCGGACCACAACUCUCCUUCAACUGGAGUACCUGAGAUCUCUGGAGCUUGUGCUUAAGGGCUUUGGUCAAUCCAUACUCCUGCAAUGGAUCAAUGUCGGACAAUUGAGUGACUUGGCGGAACUUGAGUGGCAGGUCAUGAGUGCCGUCAACAGCAGCACCAUAGAGGGAUUCAUCACAAUCCUGUCGCAGACGAAUCUUUUUCUCCAUGCCCGAUACUAUGCCACACGUAAUGCCAAUGUGCGCCUCAAGGACAAGCGAUAUCUGUUCUUGUGCGAGGAUGAACAUCCCCAGGAGUUGUUGGCCAUGGACAUUCUGCAGUUCUACCCACACCAUCUGAUGGUGCGACCAGGAACAAGAGCCGUAACAGGACCAGAAAGAGGACCAGUAACAGUACCAGUACCAGCCCACAGGCAUAAAGAGGGCACAUCGGUAAACACGGAAAGCACGAGGGAUGGGAAUGGAGGAGCCGGAGCCACUUUGCCGUACCGCGACAUCAAUUUCGAGCUGUGGACACAAAAGUUUGUCGGAGCCUUUGGUAAUUUGGAUGCCGUGCGCCUGGGCGCAUUCUUGCCGAACGAAACUUUUGCCGGGAACAGCCGGGUCGAACUUUAUCCCAACAAGCUACUCGAUCUGCAGCAGCGCACCCUGCGCUUGGGCUCCAUUACUUAUGUCCCAUAUACAAUUACUAAUUAUGUGCCAGCUGGCGAGGGCAAUGAAGAUCCCAUUCACCCGCAUGGGGCUAACCGUUCGAUUGCGUACUACGGCGCCGAGGCCAAUGUGAUGAAGACCUUCUGUCAGGUGCACCAUUGUCAUUUGCGUGUGGAGGCGUACGGGGCCGACAACUGGGGCAGCAUCUAUGAGAAUGAGUCGAGCGACGGCAUGCUGGGGGACGUUUACAAACAGCGCGUGGAACUGGCCAUUGGCUGCAUCUACAACUGGUACGACGGCAUCACGGAGACCUCGUAUCACAUUGCCCGCUCCUCGGUGACAAUUCUGGGACCAGCACCGGCACCCUUACCCAGUUGGCGCACCAAUAUUCUACCCUUCAAUGGCGCCACGUGGCUGCUGCUCAUCUCUACAAUGGUGAUCUGCGGCGUCUUUCUAUAUGUGAUGAAGUUUGCAAGCUUUCGGCUGGGUUAUUGCAGAUAUGAGCCAGAAUUCCAUCAUGCGAGGAAGAUCGAGCAGUCCCUGCUGGACACCUUUGCUCUGUUCAUCCAGCAGCCAUCGGCUCCACUCAGCUUUGAUCGGUUUGCCACUCGCUUCUUUCUGGCUACGCUCUUGUGCGCCACCAUCACGCUGGAGAACAUCUACAGCGGACAGCUCAAGUCGCUGCUGACAGUCCCCUUCUACAGUGCUCCCGUGGACACCAUCGAGAAGUGGGCACAAGCUGGCUGGAAAUGGGCAGCCCCCUCCAUUGUCUGGGUCCAUACCGUGGAGAGCUCCGAUCUGGGCAUCGAGCAGAUAUUGGCCAGGAACUUUGAGGUGCGCGACCACAGCUUCUUGUCCAAUGCCAGCUUCAGCCCCAAUUAUGGACUGGGGAUCGAGCGUCUGGUCUCGGGGUCUCUUUCGGUUGGAAAUUAUGUGCCCGCGGAUGCAUUGGAGAACCGCAUUGUUCUGCACGAUGAUCUGUACUUUGAUUGGACCCGGGCUGUGUCUAUACGUGGCUGGACUUUGAUGCCGGAGCUGGACAAGCAUAUUCUCACCUGCCAGGAGACGGGUCUCUAUGUUCACUGGGAGCUGGAGUUUGUGGUCAAGUAUAUGGACAAGAAGGUACAGGAAAUUCUGCUGGAUAUGGUCAACGGGCACAAGGCCAAGGGUGCACCGAAGCCCCUAAAUGUCAGCAACAUCACUGGGGCUCUAUUUGUCCUGGCCUUUGGCUACACCUUCGCUUUCAGUGCCCUCUUGGUGGAGACUGCCAUCUGUGGGCUAAAGAAAAUCAAAUAAUUUGCCCAUUUUCGUGCAUCGUUCCUGCAAUUCAGCUGAGUUCCCCGCCCCCCCUUUCAUCCUGGACGACGACGACCAUGAGCACGUGUCACAGCAAACAUCAAAAUCACACGCAAAAGCCACAAAACCCCGGCUUAGUCGAAGGAGGGGCGUAGCGUGAGGUGCCAGUUUCCCACGGCGCAAAAUAUGACAGCAGCUUGCCAGCAGGGAAUCGACAUCGACCGGCGGCAUUGUUGGCCGGCAUUGGUUAAGCGUCACGGCCGAAUGGCCAAGUGAAAAGUGAGCUCAUCUCCGUGAGCAUUCGGUAUCGUUUUCCGGCACUAUCGGCUGCACUUGCCACGGACAUGUGGCAAGAACUGGCUGGCGUUUUGGGGCUGCUUUUUGGGGAGGACUUACUGGUAGGACUGUGGAUAUGCAAGCGGAAAAUGGCUUUUGCCCUGUGUUUCGUGGUAAUUGGAAAAGCGUUUUAGUCCCAGACGAACUCAAUUUCAUCCCCGGCAACAUUUUUAAUGAUGCCCUUAAUUAUCGCUGUGGGAAAUUAUUCAUUAUUACUAAUUUGGCGCAGCUUUGGACGGGGCCCACGCCCACACAUCCACUCACAUGGUUCGGGCCACUCUUAGUGCAGAUUGGAAAGUCUCUAGCGGCAUCCUUCUUCUUGGUCCGCCGCUGCUGCUCCGCCACAUUAUACUCGAAUCUCUCCUGCUACUCAAAUCCCUCCAGCAACUGCUGCUCCUGCUGGAAUCUCUACUGCUUCUAAUGCUCCACCGUAGUCUCCGUAAAUCUCACCUGCAUAUGCCGUCUACUCCGCUCGUUAACACCUCGUUUCAAAGCGACAAACAAACAAACCAAGAAACAAACAGCAACUUUAGCUACAGUCGGAGACAACGACAACAACAAGUUCACCAACAUGGCGGCUGUGUCAUUUCCGUUGUCGUUGCUCUCGUUCUCUCUCCUUGGAUUUCCGUGCAGAGGGUAUCGUGAUUUUCUCAAGAUGUAUGCAACUUUCAAGAGUAGAAAUAUUUAUAACCAUGAAGUGAAUGUAUAAUAGUUUUGUUAAAUAGCCAUAUCCGGCUGUGCUUCUU